CGCAAGUCGCCUUCCCGCCCUCCUCCCAGGAGAGCCCAGCCUGAGCCGGCACCUGCUUCACCACCAUGUUCAAGGGGCUGAGCAAAGGCUCUCAGGGGAAGGGGUCCCCCAAGGGCUCCCCAGCCAAGGGGUCCCCCAAGGGCUCCCCCAACAAGCACAGUCGGGCUGCGACCCAGGAACUGGCUCUGCUCAUCUCCCGCAUGCAAGCCAACGCUGACCAGGUGGAAAGGGACAUUUUGGAGACGCAGAAGAAGCUGCAACAGGAUCGGCAGAAUGGCGAGCAGAACCAGGCUCUACAGCACCAGCAGGAGACUGGCCGCAACCUGAAGGAAGCAGAGGUACUCCUCAAGGACCUCUUCCUGGAUGUAGACAAGGCGCGGCGGCUCAAGCACCCACAGGCUGAGGAGAUCGAGAAAGACAUCAAGCAGCUGCAUGAGCGGGUGACCCAGGAGUGCUCGGAGUACCGUGCUCUGUAUGAGAAGAUGGUACUGCCGCCAGAUGUGGGGCCCAGGGUCGACUGGGCGCGUGUGUUGGAGCAGAAACAGAAUCUGGUCCGUGAGGGCCACUAUGGGCCUGGGAUGGCAGAGCUGGAACAGCAGGUGGCCGAGCACAACAUCCUGCAGAGAGAAAUCGAGGCUUACGGGCAGCAGCUGCGGACGCUGGUGGGACCGGAUGCAAACUCCAUUAGGAACCAAUACCGUGACCUGCUGAAGGCGGCUUCAUGGCGCCGACAGAGUCUGGGUAGCCUGUAUACACACCUGCAAGGCUGCACGAGGCAGCUGAGCGCCCUGGCCGAUCAACAAGGCCGCAUCCUGCAGCAGGAUUGGAGUGACCUCAUGCCGGACCCCGCCGGCGUGAGGCGAGAGUAUGAGCACUUCAAGCAGCAUGAACUGCUGGCCCAGGAGCGAAGCAUAAACCAGCUGGAGGACGAUGCAGAUCGCAUGGUGGAGCUUGGGCACCCGGCCGUGGGGCCCAUCCAGGUCCACCAGGAGGCCCUCAAGAUGGAGUGGCAGAAUUUCCUAAACCUCUGCAUCUGUCAGGAGAGCCAGCUGCAACGUGUGGAGGACUACCGUAAGUUCCAGGAAGAGGCAGACUCAGUCAGCCAGACCCUGGCAAAGCUCAGCUCCAACCUGGAUACCAAGUACGGCUUUGGCGCUGGGGACUCGUCCUGCUCCCCCACAGAACUCCUGCUACAGCUCGAGGCAGAGGAGAAGCAGCUGGCCAUAGCAGAGAGGGCUGUUGGAGAUCUGCAGCCGCGAAGCCAGGAGGUGGCCCCACUGCCACAGCGCAGGAACCCACCCAAGCAGCCCCUGCACGUGGACAGCAUCUGUGACUGGGACUCGGGCGAUGUUCAGCUGCUGCGGGGAGAGCAGUACACACUCAAGGAUAAUGCUGACCCAUACAUGUGGGUGGUUCAGGGUCCUGGAGGAGAGACCAAGAGUGCUCCGGCUGCCUGUCUCUGCAUCCCAGCCCCAGACCCUGAAGCUGUGGCCAAAGCCUCCAGGCUGGCCACGGAGCUGCAGACCCUGAAGCAGAAGCUGUCUACAGAGAAGAGCCGCCUGAAGGCUGCUGCUGUGGAACACUUACAGCCUGGCCAGCAGGCGCCGGCAGGCUCAGCCCCGGCUGACCCACAGGCUCAGACGCUCCUGUCGCAGAUGACCCAGCUGGAUGGGGAUCUGGGGCAGAUAGAGAGGCAGGUGCUGAGCUGGGCCCGGAGCCCACUGAACCAGUCUUCUUCACUGAAGGACCUCGAGGGCCGCAUCCACAGCUGUGAGGACACAGCACAGCGCCUUCAGAGCCUGGGAGCGGAGAAGGAGGCAGCCCAGCAGGAGUGCGAGGCCUUUCUGUCUACUAAGCCUACUGGCUCCGCUGCCCUACAACUGCCUGUGGUCCUCAACAGUGUGAAGAACAGAUAUAAUGAUGUGCAUAGCCUCUGCCACCUCUAUGGGGAGAAAGCCAAGGCGGCUCUGGGCCUGGAGAAGCAGAUCCAGGAGGCAGACAGGGUCAUCCAAGGCUUUGAAGCUGCCCUGGCACUUGAGGGCCCCAUCCCCGAAGGCUCUGGGGCGCUGCAGGAGAGGAUCAGCGAGCUGCAGCACCAGCGGAAAGAACUCCUCCAGCAGCAGGCCUGUGUGCUGGGGCUGCACCGCCAGCUGAAGGCCGCUGAGCAUGCUUGCAGUGCACUACAGAACAAUUUCCAAGAGUUCUGCCAAGACCUGCCGCGCCAGCAGCGCCAGGUUCGUGCCCUCACUGACCGUUACCACGCCGUGGGGGACCAGCUGGAUUUGAGGGAGAAGAUACUACAGGAUGCCAGCCUCACCUACCAGCAACUCAGGAACAGCAGGGACAACCUGAGCUCUUGGCUGGAGCAGCUGCCCCACCACCGGAUACAGCCCAGUGACGGGCCCAGCCAGAUUGCCUACAAACUGCAAGCACAGAAGAGACUGACAGAAGAAAUCCUGCGGCGAGAGCAGGACCAGGCCACGGUGUCCCGCCUCACCGGGGACCUGCAGGAGGCCCUCCAGGACUAUGAGCUGCAAGCAGAUACCUACCGCUGCUCCUUAGAGCCCUCCUUGGCAGUGUCCGCCCCUAAGAGACUCAGAGUGAUUUCCCUGCAGGAGAACAUCCGGGCUCAGGAGAAGAACCUUGCUAAGGCUUACGCUGAGGUCGCCGCAGCCGAGCAGCAGCGGCUGCGCCAGCUGGAGUUUGCUAAAAAGAUGCUCAAGAAGAAGGAGCUUGAUGAGGACAUCCAAGCCAUCCACAGCGCAAGACAGGGAUCUGGGAGUCCGGCCCACGCAAGGACGGCGGAGUCAGAGGUCCUGAAGACCCAGCUUGAGGAAGAGAGGAAGAGGGUGGCUGAGGUGCAGCGUGAACUGGAGGAGCAGAGGCAACGGCUGCUGCAGCUGAGGACCCAGCAGCCUGUGGCGCGGCUGGAGGAGAAGGAAGUGGUGGAAUUCUACCGGGACCCCCAGCUGGAGAGUAACCUGUCUCAGGCAGCAUCCCGGGUGGAGGAGGAGGGCAAGAGACGAGCCCGCCUGCAGGCCGAGCUGGAGGUGGUGGCCCAGAAGGUUGUCCACUUGGAGGGCAAGAGGAAGACCAUGCAGCCUCACCUGCUGACCAAAGAGGUCACCCAAAUCGAGAGGGACCCUGGACUGGACAGCCAAGUUACCCAGCUCCACAGUGAGAUGCAACGGCUGCGUGGGGAGAAUGCCGUCCUUGCAGCCAGGCUGGAAGAGCUGAAGGAUGAGCUGCUAGCCCUGGAGCAAAAGGAGAUGAAUGUGAAGGAGAAGGUCGUGGUGAAGGAGGUGGUUAAGGUGGAGAAGGAUCUGGAAAUGGUUAAGGCGGCCCAAACUCUGAGGCUCCAGAUCGAGGAAGAUGCUGCGCGCAGGAAGGGGGCGGAGGAGGCCGUUGCCAAGAUACAGGCUCGCAUCAAAGACCUAGAGCAGGCGAUCAGCUCAGUGGAGCCCAAGGUCAUUGUGAAGGAGGUGAAGAGGGUGGAGCAGGACCCGGGCCUUCUCAAGGAAGCCUCCAGGCUGAGAAGCCUCCUGGCGGAGGAGAAGAAGAACAAUGUCGCGCUGGCCAGGGAACUGCAGGGGCUGCAGGAGAAGUACAGAGUGGUGGAAAAGCAGAAACCCAAGGUGCAGCUGCAGGAGCGGGUCAGCGAGAUCUUCCACGUGCACCCGGAGACAGAGCAGGAGAUCCGGAGGCUCCGGGCCCAGCUGCAGGAGACAGGCAGCAAGAAGAGCAGUGUGGAGCAGGAGGUGGAGAAGCUGCUGCCUGAGCUGGAGGUCCUGCGGGCGCAGAAGCCCGUGGUGGAAUAUAAGGAGGUGACUCAGGAGGUGGUGAGGCACGAGAAGAACCCAGAGGUGCUGCGGGAGAUCGACCGUCUCAAGGCUCAGCUCAACGAACUGGUCAACACCAACGGGCGCUGUCAGGAGCAGCUCAUCCGGCUCCAGGGCGAACGUGAUGAGUGGAAGCGGGAAAGGUCCAAGGUGGAGACCAAGAUGGUGAGCAAAGAAGUCGUGCGGCACGAGAAGGAUCCGGUGCUGGAGAAGGAGGCCGAGAGGCUCCGGCAGGAGGUGCGGGAGGCUGUCCAGAGGAGGCGAGCCGCGGAGGAUGCUGUGUAUGAGCUGCAGAGCAAGUACUUGUUGCUGGAGAGGAGGCGGCCCGAGGAGCAGAUUGUAGUGCAGGAAGUGGUGGUCACCCAGAAGGACCCGAAGCUGCGUGAGGAGCACAGCCGGCUGAGCCGCAGCUUGGAUGAGGCGGUGGGGCGCCGGCGGCAGCUGGAGCUGGAGGUGCGGCACCUGGGUGCCAGAGUGGAGGAACAGGAGGCCAUGCUCAGCUUCGAGGAGGACCGCAGCAAGAAGCUGGCCGCCGAGAGGGAGCUGCGGCAACUGACCCUGAAGAUCCAGGAGCUGGAGAAGCGGCCUCCUGCCCUGCAGGAAAAGAUCAUCAUGGAGGAGGUAGUCAAGUUAGAGAAGGACCCCGACUUGGAGAGGUCUACGGAAGCUCUGCGGCGAGAGCUGGAUCAGGAGAAGAACCGUGUGACCGAGCUGCACCGGGAGUGCCAGGGCCUGCAGGUUCAGGUCGACCUCCUCCAGAAAACUAAAUCACAGGAGAAGACCAUAUACAAGGAAGUGAUCAGGGUCGAGAAGGACCCGGUGCUGGAGGGCGAGAGGGCCCGAGUGUGGGAGACCCUUAACCGGGAGCGCGCAGCCCGCAAGGGUCGGGAGGAGGAUGUCCGGAGCUUGCAGGAGCGGAUCGACCGAGCCGAGGCUCUGAGGAGGUCCUGGUCCCGCGAGGAAACUGAGCUCCAGAGGGCCCGGGACCAGGCAAGUCAGGACUGCGGGCGGCUGCAGAGACAGCUGCGGGAGCUGGAACAGCAGAAGCAGCAGAAAGCCCGGCAGUUACAGGAGGAGGGGAGGCUGCUUAGCCAGAAGACGGAGAGCGAGCGCCAGAAGGCCGCCCAGCGGAGCCAGGCCGUCACACAGCUCGAGGCUGCCAUUCUCCAGGAAAAGGACAAGAUCUACGAGAAGGAGAGGACCCUCAGGGACCUGCACACCAAGGUGAGCCGGGAAGAGCUCAACCAGGAGACCCAGACACGUGAGACCAACCUCUCCACCAAGAUCUGCAUCUUGGAACCGGAGACUGGCAAUGACAUGUCUCCUUACGAGGCCUACAAGAGGGGUGUCAUCGACAGAGGCCAGUACCUCCAGCUGCAGGAGCUGGAGUGCGACUGGGAAGAAGUCACCACCUCCAGCCCCUGCGGGGAGGAGUCUGUGCUGUUGGACCGCAAGAGCGGGAAGCAAUACUCCAUCGAGGCCGCCCUCCGCUGCCGCCGCAUCUCCAAAGAAGAGUACCACAGGUACAAAGAUGGCCGCCUCCCCAUCUCUGAGUUUGCCCUGCUCGUGGCGGGGGAGACCAAGCCGAGUUCUUCCCUCUCUAUUGGGUCCAUCAUCUCCAAGUCUCCAGUCUGCUCCCCAGGCCCCCAGAGUACCGGCUUCUUCUCCCCAGCCUUCUCUUUUGGGCUCACUGAGGAUAGCUUCCCCAUCGCUGGGAUCUACGAUACAACCACAGACAACAAGUGUAGCAUCAAGGCAGCUGUGGCCAAGAACAUGCUGGAUCCCAUCACUGGGCAGAAGCUAUUGGAGGCCCAGGCAGCCACGGGUGGCAUUGUCGACCUUCUUAGCCGAGAACGGUACUCCGUACACAAGGCGGUGGAGCGGGGACUCAUUGAGAACACUUCCACUCAACGGCUGCUCAACGCUCAGAAGGCCUUCACCGGCAUCGAGGAUCCCGUCACCAGGAAGAGGCUGUCGGUGGGUGAGGCCAUCCAGAAGGGCUGGAUGCCCCAGGAAAGCGUGCUUCCCCACCUGCUGGUGCAGCACCUGACUGGGGGCCUCAUCGACCCCAAGAGGACGGGACGCAUCCCUGUCCCUCAGGCUGUGCUCAGCGGGAUGAUCAGCGAAGACCUGGGCCAGCUCCUGCAAGAUGAAUCCGGCUACGAGAAGGAUCUGACAGACCCCAUCACCAAGGAGAGGCUGAGCUACAAGGAGGCCAUGGGGCGCUGCCGCAAGGAUCCUCUAAGUGGCCUGCUACUGCUCCCUGCCAUGCUAGAAGGCUAUCGCUGCUACCGCAUGGCCUCCCCCACCCUGCCGCGCUCCUGUGUGCGUUGAUGAGGGCUCUGCAAAGGGGGAGAGAGAAUUCCUGCAUCGCCUUGCCCUGGAGCAGUGUAAUCCGAGGCAGCGGGUCCUCCUCCUGAGCGUCCACCUCACUAAGCAAACGCAAUCGUUUGUGGUGUCGGGCUCUGUCCCCAAACAU